UCAAUUUUGCUAUAAUUUAUGGCCUUUUGACUCAUCUAACAUAUCCUUUAAUCAUUUUUAUAUACCAUAUCUCGUAAAAUGAAAACGCCUGUCAAUACUUCGAACCACGAUGAAUAACAAAUAGGGUAUUCACGUUAUGCUUCCACUCGCUGUUAUUCUUCAUUUUCUUGAAUGUGCUGUCAUAGAGGUGUGCGUUUUGGCUCAUCUAGCAAAUCCUGUUAUUCAGUAGUCAUUGGUAAACUUGAUCCUAACUAGAAAUUCUUUGAGUAAUUCAAGAAGGGCUUGUGACAGGUAGAAUACCAAUUUAGUGAUAUGAGCAUGCUAGCUAACGAAGCUCUGGUGAAACAAGUUAAUAAAGAUCCCGAAGUCUUUGUUCCAAUAGCUGUUGUUGCAGCUACAAAGAAACUCAAAUCCCUCAACAUUAGCCAUCAAUUGGUGGCAAAAGCUCUUCGAUCUUCUUCAAAGUUGAUUGUGAGCAAUGAUAGUAAGAAGGUAAAACGUAAAAAUCCCUUCACAGAUAAAGACAGAGAGGAGCUGCAGUUGCGCACUGUUGUAGCUGAGAAUCUACCUGAUGAUCACUCGCAUCAGAACAUAGAAAAAAUAUUUAAUGUGAUCGGAAGUGUCAAAACAAUUAGAAUAUGUCAACCACAGGAGCCCAAUUCUUCGCGGUCUAAAAGCGAUUUUGUCAUCAGUCACAAGCUCCAUGCACUAAUAGAGUACGAGAAAACCGAAGCAGCUGAGAGAGCAGCCGAGAAAUUAAACGAUGAAAGAAAUUGGAGGGAAGGCUUACGUGUGAGGUGCCUGCUUCGGCGUUCGCCAAAGUCCGUGCUCAAGAACAGGAAGUCAGAUUUCGAUGGCUAUUUAGAUGAGGAUGACGGACCGACCCUUGAACUACAAGAAGACUCCUCUCCUCAAAAUACCUCGGGAUCAGUUGAGAUUGAAGAAACUUCCAUUGGGUCGAAGCAAACUUGGGCUAGAGGCCCAGGGAAAUCUAGGCAACGGAAUCAACUUCACAGCACGCGCAGCCUACCAACUCCGUCUUCUCACCCGGGCGGCUCCUUCGUGCGUGAAGUAUCUUCGAGACAGACUGCAAAAGGGCCAAGAAUGCCAGAUGGAACCCGAGGUUUCACUAUGGGCAGAGGGAAGCCAUUUAGUCUCCCCGUCUUAAUGUAAUCCUGUUAAACUCAGUGAGGGUAUAUGGGUCUUUUCAUUUUGUCUUCCUGAUAGUCAGUAUAAACUAUUUAUGAAUUCUUUACCCUUUAUUUAUUUAACUAGUCGCUAU